UUCCAAAAAUAACAAUAACGGAAAACGGUGUCAGUUGGCGGGUUCGUGUGCUCUUCCUUCGCCACAGCAAGAGGCAACAGUCCCUUCAUUCUCUCCUUCAACUAUGUUCCACUGUUCCAUCCAAAAAUGCUCUUUGCCUCAUCAUCUCCAUCAUUCCCUCCUUCUUCGCAAUGAAUAACCAGCAGCAAUCAGAGAGAAUGCCCGCGAGAGUGGGGUCAUUCAGACACAGUUUCUUGGAGAAAAGCAAAGAGAGGCUCCUCUCUAAGAAGGAUUGUAAAGACUUUGACGAUGACGACAAUGCCGCCCCCAAGCGUUCCUUCCUCGACGCGCUCUCUGAUGGCGUCAUUAGCUUCCACAACUGGUCCAGAGACGUUGCCUCCAAAUUGUACGAGAUGGGUCGCUCUGACCGACGCAAAGUUAUCUUCGCUGUCAAAGCUGGCUUAUCCUUAGCCAUUGUCUCGCUUGUCAUUUACAUCGAGGAGGAACAAUUUAGCAAGUACUCUGUCUGGGCAAUCCUCACUGUUGUCGUUGUUUUCGAAUUCAGCAUAGGUGCAACCCUUAACAAAGGUUUUAAUCGUGCUUUGGGAACAAUUUCUGCUGGAGUGCUUGCUCUGGGUAUUGCACAGUUAUCCGUGUUGGUUGGUCGAGCUUUUGAGGGGCUUAUUAUUGUUGUCUCAAUUUUUAUUGCUGGAUUUUGUGCGAGCUACGUGAAGUUGUACCCUGCGAUGAAGCAAUAUGAAUACGGCUUUCGUGUAUUCUUGUUGACAUUUUGCAUUGUGUUAGUGUCUGGGAGAACCGAGUUGCAAUUUUUCAGCACAGCUUUUUACAGAUCGGUUCUAAUUGGCAUUGGUGCUGGUGUAAGUUUGUCUGUGAAUAUUUGCAUUUAUCCCAUUUGGUCUGGGGAGGAUCUACACAAAUUGGUGGUGAAAAAUUUCAUAGGAGUUGCCACAUCUUUAGAAGGUUGUGUAAAUGGGUACCUACAAUGCGUUGCAUAUGAGAGGAUCCCAUCCAAAAUACUUGUUUAUCAAGCCUCUGAUGACCCUCUUUACCGUGGUUAUAGAACAGCAGUGCAAUCGUCAACUCAAGAGGAGACUCUGGUAGACUUUGCAUUAUGGGAACCACCUCAUGGUCCAUACAAGAUGUUCAAUUAUCCUUGGAGAAGCUACGUCAAAGUCAGUGGAGCAUUGAGGCAUUGUGCUUUCAUGGUCAUGGCAAUGCAUGGAUGCAUACUUUCAGAAAUACAGUCGCCUCCGGAAAAGAGGCUGGUUUUCUAUGAUGAACUUCAGAAGGUUGGCAUUGAAGGAGCUAAAGUAUUGCGUACACUUGGAAGCAAAGUGGAAAGAAUGGAAAAACUAAGCACCGGUGACAUUCUCUUAGAUGUUCACGAGGCAGCUGAGCAAUUGCAGAUGAAGAUUGACCAAUUGUCAUUUCUCCUAGUGAAUUAUGAGAGCUGGGAAGCUGCAAGAGAGCAUAAGGAAAAAGAACAACCUGAGAAUUUGAUUAAUGUUAAAGACAAUGGGAACAAGCCACCGGAGAUCACUUCCCUCGAUGAAAUAGGGGAUGGUCCAAAACUUAGUGUAAGAAUAGAGCCUUCUAUGCCAGAAUCCAAUCUUCUUCCACAGACUGCGUCCAAGAGCUUUCUUGGGAAGUCACAUCUUUCUUUUUUCGCAGAUGGUAUAGUAAAUGAGCCAGAAUCCAAAGUGUAUGAAAGUGCAAGUUCCUUGUCUUUGGGAACAUUUGCUUCAAAUUUAAUCGAGUUUGUUGCGAGGCUUCAAAAUCUUGUGGAUGAAUUCCAAGAUCUUAGUGAGAAGGCCAAAUUUAAAGACCCCUUGAACAAACUUUGCUCAAGUAGCUAGAAGUUAGUGGCAACUUGUUGGGACAGACUCUACUCUACAGUCUCCUUGUUUAUAAAUUGGAGGUCGUGAAAGAUGUCAAACAGAAAUAUUUUGUUUCAUUUAUUAAAAAUAAAUUUGAAGCUGAAGAUGCAAUCUUUUUUCUUGGCUUCUAUAAGAAAAUUAAAAAAUCUCUCUGGAGAAGUGGGAGGAUUAAAACUUAAUUACAAAUUUACAAUGUCCAAAAUAUCUUAUCAUCUUUAUAUACUCUGUAUAAUUUAAACAACCAUCUAUGAUUUGUUUUACUUUGUAAAGGUGUCUCUUCAAUCUGCUAUAGUUCUGCAACGUGAGCUUCUAUUUACAAAGAUUCAACAUGAGCAUGAGGAAAGAUUCUGCAGGAAGACAAAAUGAAGCCGAGAACAUGGACGGGAAUUUAAACAAACUCUUGUGAUAAGGAUCCAUCUAACCAAGUCAUAUAUGAAU